ACGGUCCCAGAGGCGUUCUGGAAACGACAGAGAAUGGAAUGUUAUCGCAUUAUUGGUGAUGGCUGUGGUAACUGCAGCGAUGGCUGAGCGAGGCAGAGAUGGCCGGGCUCUCAAUGAACCGAUCAGCGACAAGGAGAUCAUCGUGGAUUUGAUGGAUAUGGACAAGAGUCAAUACUACGAACAGAAUUUCACGACAAUGGCAUACAUUUACGGCUACGAGGUUGGGAAGAAUGGGCAGUUUCAUCAUGAAAACAAAGGACCUGACGGUGUAGUGUACGGCUGUUACGGUUUCAUCGAUCCCCAGGGCAAACUUCGAGCAACCCACUAUGUUUCCGACGGUUGGGGUUAUAGAACGGUCGAACCUGGUCAACCUGUAGAAUUAUUUCUCCACGAACAUCACGAACACCACGAGGCGGUAAACGGAAAUGCUGGUGAGGAAUCUACAAGUGAUCACAGUCAUCAUCACGAAGGGAAAUUAACUCCUUGGCAGGAUUUGUACUUCCCGAGAGGUUGUGGCUUUGGUGGAGGCAAUGAAACCCGACCGCAUUUCAAUGGCACUAGCUGCAAUUGCACUACAAUAUCAGCAGGGUUUCCACGUCCUCCACAUCGUCCCGGUGGAAUCCAUAGACCAGGAGGAGAUCAUGCCCAUAGGCCUGGAUUACCAGGGGUUCAUAGACCUGAUGGACACCCCAGUUUUCCUGGAAUUCAUCACAACCAUACUCAAAAACCUGGUCUUCCAAGUAUUCACCAUCCGGAACAUCCAGGACUACCAGUAAUUCAUCAUAACCACACUGGCAUACAUAGACCACAGGGCCCAGGGCUCCCAGGAACUCUUCACAACAACACUCAUAAACCUGGGCUUCCGGGUCAUCCGGGAUUACCUGGCUUUAACAAUAACCAAACCAAUCGGCCAGGAUUUCCAGAUAUUCACCGUCCAGGAAGUCAAGGGCUACCUGGUAUACACCGUCCAGGCUUACAUCAUAAUCAUACACACAAACCAGGUUUUCCAGAUAUACACAGACCCGAAGGUCCUGAAUCACCAGGCGCUAAUCGCCCUGGUAUUCCAGGAAUUCCUAGCCUUCAUCACAAUCAUACACACAAACCUGGAAUUCCGAGUAUACAUCCCACAUUAAGUCCAAAUCAACCAGAAGGAACCCAUCCUGGACUGAACCACACAAACAGACCAGAACAUCCAGGUAUUCACCGACCUGAAGGGCCAAGUAUUCCAGAUAUUCAUCGCCCAGGCCAUCCACAUUUACCAGGAUUCAAUCACACUCAUAAGCCAGGACACCCUGGAUCAGGAUUGCCUGAUAUACAUCGUCCAGGUCAUCCUCACCUACCAGGUAUUCAUAAUCAUACUCACAAACCUAUCGGACCAGGAGGAAUACAUAAACCAGGGUUCAUUGGUAAUAAGCCAUUGCUGCCUGGCCAUAAACCUGGAAUUGUGGGAGUAUUACCUGGACAUCCACACCCUCAACCUAAUCCGAGUAAGCCUGAGUACCCUCAACCAGGAACACCCGAAGGAUCACUUCAACCAGAGUAUCCCAUAGGUCAUCCAGGUGGAGCAACGGUGCCACAGGGCCCCACAAAACCAAGUGGAGGUUAUCCAGAUAUACAUGGUCAAGAAGGGACGGCAGGAAAACCAGGCGGAUAUCCUGGACAAGAAGGCAACGAAAUACUAACGGGAGGCGGAACCGGAGGCCAACCAGGAAGUGGAGGCUAUCCUAGUAAACCAGGGCAAGGAGGAACUGGUGGUUACCCUGGCUACCCUGGUCAAGGAGAAAUCGGAGGUCAACCAGGAAGUGGAGGCUAUCCUGGAAAACCAGGGCAAGGUGAAAGUGGGGUCCCUCCAGGAAGCGGUGGUUACCCUGGUUACCCUGGUCAAGGAGGUAUCGAAGGCCAACCCGGAAGCGGAGGCUAUCCUGGUACGCCAGGGCAUGGAGGAAGUGGAGGCCAACCAGGAAGCGGUGGUUACCCUGGCUACCCUGGUCAAGGAGGUUCGGAAGGACAACCAGGAAACGGAGGCUAUCCUGGUAAACCAGGGCAAGGUGGAAGUGGGGGCCAUCCAGGAAGCGGUGGUUACCCUGGCUACCCUGGUCAAGGAGGUUCGGAAGGACAACCAGGAAACGGAGGCUAUCCUGGUAAACCAGGGCAAGGGGGAAGUGGCGGACAACCAGGAAGCGGUGGUUACCCUGGCUACCCUGGCCAAGGAGGUUCGGAAGGACAACCAGGAAACGGAGGCUAUCCUGGUAAACCAGGGCAAGAGGGAAGUGGCGGACAACCAGGAAGCGGUGGUUACCCUGGCUACCCUGGCCAAGGAGGUUCGGAAGGCCAACCAGGAAGUGGUGGUUUUCCUGGUAAACCAGGGCAAGGAGGAAGUGGAGGCCGACCAGGAAGUGGUGGUUACCCUGGCCAACCUAGUCAAGGAGGUUCGGAAGGACAACCAGGAAACGGAGGCUAUCCUGGUAAACCAGGGCAAGGUGGAAGUGGGGGCCAUCCAGGAAACGGUGGUUACCCUGGCUACCCUGGUCAAGGAGGUAUCGAAGGCCAACCAGGAAGUGGUGGCUAUCCUGGUAAACCAGGGCAAGGGGGAAGUGGCGGACAACCAGGAAGCGGUGGUUACCCUGGCUACCCUGGUCAAGGAGGUUCGGAAGGCCAACCAGGAAGUGGUGGUUACCCUGGCCACCCUAGUCAAGGAGGUAUCGAAGGACCACCUGGAAGUGGAGGAUAUCCUAGUAAACCAGGGCAAGGGGGAAGUAGUGGACAACCAGGAAGCGGUGGUUACCCUGGCUAUCCUGGUCAAGGAGGAAGUGGAGGCCAACCAGGAAGUGGUGGUUACCCUGGCCACCCUAGUCAAGGAGGUAUCGAAGGCCCACCUGGAAGUGGAGGAUAUCCUAGUAAACCAGGGCAAGGGGGAAGUAGUGGACAACCGGGAAGCGGUGGUUACCCUGGCUAUCCUGGUCAAGGAGGUUCGGAAGGCCAACCAGGAAGUGGUGGCUAUCCUGGAAAACCAGGGCAAGGAGGAACUGGAGGUCAUCCUGGAAGUGCUGGUUACCCUGGCUAUCCUGGUCAAGGAGGAAGUGGAGGCCAACCAGGAAGUGGUGGUUACCCUGGCCACCCUAGUCAAGGAGGUAUCGAAGGCCAACCUGGAAGUGGAGGAUAUCCUAGUAAACCAGGGCAAGGGGGAAGUAGUGGACAACCGGGAAGCGGUGGUUACCCUGGCUAUCCUGGUCAAGGAGGUUCGGAAGGCCAACCAGGAAGUGGUGGCUAUCCUGGAAAACCAGGGCAAGGAGGAACUGGAGGUCAUCCUGGAAGUGCUGGUUACCCUGGCUAUCCUGGUCAAGGAGGAAGUGGAGGCCAACCAGGAAGUGGUGGUUACCCUGGCCACCCUAGUCAAGGAGGUAUCGAAGGCCCACCUGGAAGUGGAGGAUAUCCUAGUAAACCAGGGCAAGGGGGAAGUAGUGGACAACCGGGAAGCGGUGGUUACCCUGGCUAUCCUGGUCAAGGAGGUUCGGAAGGUCCACCAGGAAGUGGUGGCUAUCCUGGUAAACCAGGACAAGGAGGAACUGGUAGUCAACCUGGAAGCGGUGGUUACCCUAGCUAUCCCGGUCAAGGAGGUUUGGAAGGCCAAGAAGGAAGUGGAGGCUAUCCUGGGAAACCAGGGCAAGGUGGAAGUGGAAGCCGACCUGGAAGUGGUGGCUAUCCAGGUAAACCUGACCAAGGUGGUACUGGAGGAUUACCAGGGAGUGGAGGCUAUCCUGGAAAGCCUGGGCAAGGUGGUAUUGGAAGUCAAGAAGGUGGAUUACCAGGAGGAUCUGGUACACCAGGAGGAUUUGGUACACCAGGAUAUCCUGGCAGUGGUGGACAGCCAGGUAGACCCGGUCAACCAGGACGUCCUGGACAUCCAGGGAGUGGAGGACAAGAAGGAGGAUUCGUUAAACCAGGAACACCAGGAUAUCCUGGAAGUGUUGGAACAACUGAUGGACCAGACCAUGGAGGACAACCAGGAAGACCCGGUCAACCAGGCAGUGGAGGACAGGGAGGAGGAUCGGGUACACCUGGAUAUCCAGGAAGUGGAGGACAACCACCAAGUGUAGGACACCCAGGAGGAUCUGGCACAGGAUAUCCAGGCAGCGGUUUACAACCAGUUAGACCCGUACAACCUGGAGGUCCAGGACUACCCGGAAGUGGAGGACAGCCAGGAAUUCCUGGCACUCCAGGAUUACCCGGUACUGGAGGACAACCUGGAUCACCUGGAAGUCCAGGAUACCCGGGCAGUGGAGGACUGCCAGGAAGGCCCGGUCAACCAGGCAGUGGAGGACAGGGAGGAGGAUCGGGUACACCUGGAUAUCCAGGAAGUGGAGGACAACCACCAAGUGUAGGACACCCAGGAGGAUCUGGCACAGGAUAUCCAGGCAGCGGUUUACAACCAGUUAGACCCGUACAACCUGGAAGUCCAGGACUACCCGGAAGUGGAGGACAGCCAGGAAUUCCUGGCACUCCAGGAGUACCCGGUACUGGAGGACAACCUGGAUCACCUGGAAGUCCAGGAUACCCGGGCAGUGGAGGACUGCCAGGAAGGCCCGGUCAACCAGGCAGUGGAGGACAGGGAGGAGGAUCAGGUUCACCUGGAUAUCCAGGAAGUGGAGGACAACCACCAAGUGGAGGACACCCAGGAGGAUCUGGCACAGGUUAUCCAGGCAGCGGUUUACAACCAGUUAGACCCGUACAACCUGGAAGUCCAGGACUACCCGGAAGUGGAGGACAGCCAGGAAUUCCUGGCACUCCAGGAGUACCCGGUACUGGAGGACAACCUGGAUCACCUGGAAGUCCAGGAUACCCGGGCAGUGGAGGACUGCCAGGAAGGCCCGGUCAACCAGGCAGUGGAGGACAGGGAGGAGGAUCGGGUACACCUGGAUAUCCAGGAAGUGGAGGACAACCACCAAGUGGAGGACACCCAGGAGGAUCUGGCACAGGAUAUCCAGGCAGCGGUUUACAACCAGUUAGACCCGUACAACCUGGAAGUCCAGGACUACCCGGAAGUGGAGGACAGCCAGGAAUUCCUGGCACUCCAGGAGUACCCGGUACUGGAGGACAACCUGGAUCACCUGGAAGUCCAGGAUACCCGGGCAGUGGAGGACUGCCAGGAAGGCCCGGUCAACCAGGCAGUGGAGGACAGGGAGGAGGAUCAGGCUCACCUGGAUAUCCAGGAAGUGGAGGACAACCAACAAAUGGAGGACACCCAGGAGGAUCUGGCACAGGAUAUCCAGGCAGCGGUUUACCACCAGUUAGACCCGUGCAACCUGGUAGUCCAGGACUACCAGGUAGUGGUGGACAGCCAGGAAUUCCUGGCACUCCAGGAUUACCCGGUACUGGAGGACAACCUGGAACACCUGGUAGUCCAGGAUACCCGGGCAGUGGAGGACUGCCAGAAAGGCCCGGUCAACCAGGCAGUGGAGGACAGGGAGGAGGAUCGGGUACACCUGGAUAUCCAGGAACUGGAGGGCAACCACCAAGUGGUGGACACCCAGGAGGAUCUGGCACAGGAUAUCCAGGCAGCGGUUUACCACCAGUUAGACCCGUGCAACCUGGUAGUCCAGGACUACCCGGAAGUGGAGGACAGCCAGGAAUUCCUGGCACUCCAGGAGUACCCGGUACUGGAGGACAACCUGGAUCACCUGGAAGUCCAGGAUACCCGGGCAGUGGAGGACUGCCAGGAAGGCCCGGUCAACCAGGCAGUGGAGGACAGGGAGGAGGAUCGGGUACACCUGGAUAUCCAGGAAGUGGAGGACAACCACCAAGUGGAGGACUCCCAGGAGGAUCUGGCACAGGAUAUCCAGGCAGCGGUUUACCACCAGUUAGACCCGUGCAACCUGGUAGUCCAGGACUACCAGGUAGUGGUGGACAGCCAGGAAUUCCUGGCACUCCAGGAUUACCCGGUACUGGAGGACAACCUGGAGCACCUGGAAGUCCCGGAUAUCCGGGCAGUGAAGGACUGCCAGGAAGGCCCGGUCAACCAGGCAGUGGAGGACAGGGAGGAGGAUCGGGUACACCUGGGUAUCCAGGGAGUGGAGGACACCCAGGAGGAUCUGGCACCGGUUUUCCAGGCAGCAGUUUACCACCAGUUAGACCCGUACAACCUGGAAGUCCAGGAUAUCCAGGCAGUGGAGGGCAACCGGGUAUCCAUGGACAACCUGGAAGUAGUGGACUACCAGGUGCCCCUGGCACACCGGGAGGAGCAGACCUUGGAGGACAAUCUGGAAGACCUGGCACACCUGGCAGUUCUGGUCAACCAGGCAAUGCAGGGCAACCAGGAAGACCCGGCACACCAGGAAGUCCAGGAUAUCCAGGCAGUGAAGGACAACCAAGUAGCCCCGGACAACCUGGAAGUCCAGAAUAUCCUGGGAGUGGCGGAUUACCAGGCCAACCAGGCAGUGGAGGGCCGCUAGGAGGUUCUGGCACACCAGGAUAUCCAGGCAGUGGAGGGCGACCAGGAAUACCUGAACAACCUGGAAGUGGUGGAAAACCAGGAGGUACUGGCAUGUCAGGAGUACCAGGCCAUGGAGGACAACCAGGAAGACCCGGCUCAUCUGAAAGUCAAGGUGGUGGUAGUGGACUACCAAGUGGCCCUGGAUCAUCGGGAGGACCAGGCCAUGGAGGAGAACCUGGAAGACCCGGAACACCUGGAAGUCCAGGAAUUCCUGCAACUGGAGGUGGGCCAGAUGGAUCUAGUACACAAGGAAAUGUGGGAUACCCAGAAUAUCCUGGAGGCAGCAUACCAGCUCAAAAACCAACUCUUCCUCCUGGGAUUGGAUGCGUAGAUUAUACCGGCCGCCCAAUAUCACCACCACCGCCAGGAUGUCAAGUGCCAGGAGCUCCGAUUGGAGUACCUGCAGGAUUCCCCGGCUACCCUGGUAGUCACGGAUAUCCCGGUUACCCCGGAUACCCUGGCUAUCCCGGCUACCCCGGUUACCCAAGCUACCCCAGUUACGGCGCCUACCCUGGAGGUGUCCCUCCUGUCUAUAUCAUCCCCUACCCUCUACCUAUCGGUCCAAGCCCCAGUUCGUGCCCUUGCUAUCUCGUGACCUCCAAUCAUACUAACAACACCCUCCCCACCCCUCAACCGAUCGUACCCACUCCUGUGCCCCCUCAACCGACCAUUCCUCCAUUCGGAGUCAUCGGCUACAUCCCUGUAGUGUUCUAUCCGUACUGCCCCGGGAGCCAGGGAGGCCAAGGGUUCCAACCCGUGUUCCCAGCGGCUUUCACCGUCCCCUAUCCUUGCAACCAGUGCAACUCCAGGAGAGCUAGAACUCUCUCCCACAACGACACUUCUUCCUUCGACCAGGUGCUGAAACAGCUGCCCGACAACACCGUCGUCCUCAGGUCACCGCACCGCAGACGAUCGCAGUUCGGCACUCGCCUGAGACCCGCUGACAAUGAAGUUUAAGGGAGAGAAAAGAUAGAAAGAUGCGUAACCUGUCCACAGGUUGCAUCAUGUCUGGUAGCAUGGGUUCAAAACUGUUGUCGUUCAAGAUUAUCAUAAAGUUAUAAACAAUUAUAAAUCAAUAUUUGAUAUAAAAUGUUUUUUCUACAGUGAGCAAAAUUAGAUUAUCCAAAACUAAAUAAUGCUCCCAUUGGAGACGGUAAACCACUUUUUAUCAUUUCAAAUUUAAAAAAUAUUUCACUUUUUAUAGCACAUUUCCUACAUUCAGUCACUUUCCGAUCGUCCUGUACUAUUCUUUAUUGAGUAAAAGAAUUUUUUUUGUAAUGUGCACCAACCUUAUUCAAGUUCAAGGGAUUUAGAAAAUGGAAUUCCUCCUAUAAUAAAUAAUGAUAAUAGUUUAUACAAUCGGGAUAGUAUUUUGACAUUUCUAUAAUUGGUAUUUUUAUGAAUGGCUGUUGUAUGUUCAAUAUUAAAGUGUUGUACUAUUUAUUAUUUAGGGUAUUAUAUUUUCAAAUAUAAAAAGAGUAAUGCAAAAUAACAUUUGA